AUGGGCGACGUGUACCAGACCCCAGCCUGUCUCAGCAUCCAGAGAGUUUCGGGAGAGUUACCUCCUCUUCCUCCGGCCGUAGCAGAGGCUGCAUCCAUCUUGGAUUCUGAGGACAGCUCAACACUAGGUGGAGGGGGAGAACCAGCAGUUUCUGGCAGGCCUUCUAGCUGCUCUGAGGGGCCAGGUAUAUUCUGCAGCCUCCUAACUGGGUACCUCCUCCUGACUCGCUUCUGGCCUCUUGCAGCCCUGUACCUGGCUUGGCUAACCAUUGACCGUCAUACCCCGGAAAGAGGAGGUCGGAGGUCACAGUGGGUCAGGAACUGGACGGUGUGGAGAUACAUGCGUGACUACUUCCCCAUCUCGAUGGUGAAAAUGGCCGACCUGGACCCCAAGAGGAACUAUGUCUUUGGCUCACACCCCCAUGGGAUAAUGUGCUUCGGCACCUUCUGUAACUUCUGCACAGAGGCAACCAGCUUCUCCAGAAUGUUCCCUGGCAUUACCCCUCACCAGGCCACCCUGAACGGACUUUUCCGCCUGCCCAUCUUCAGAGACUACCUGCUCAGCGGGGGAGGGUGCUCUGUCAGCAGGUCGAGCCUAGGCCACAUCCUGUCGGAGCGCGGCACGGGCAACGCCGUGAUCAUUGUGGUGGGAGGGGCGGCAGAAUCGAUGGCAGGCACACCAGGAGAUCACUCCGUCCUACUGAAGGACAGGAUGGGCUUUAUCCGACUGGCACUGAGGCAUGGGUAG